AUGAAUGCGCACAGAUUGCGCAAAUGGAAUCCGAUCAAAAUUUUCAUGUAUCUGUUGCUAGCAAUUUGUUCCUUAUUAGUUUUUUGGUGUCAAGGUGCACUCACUAUGCACUUGACACCGCUUGAUUUUUCAUCAUUGAAUGUGGAACAUCGUCGUCGCAAUUAUCCCCCACUGACUGAACUAUCCUAUUCACCAUCAGCUUCAAGACAAAAUUUUUUUGUCUCGUUGUUAAGGAACUCAACUGUCAAUCAUGACAAACUUACAUCACAACAACAUUACCAGCAACAACAUAAUGAAUAUCCAAUAAAAUAUCUCAAUGAGAUCGAAGACUUCAGUCGAAGAAAAACAUGGCACAUGCGAAUGCGGAAAAAGCAUGCAAGAUUAGAAGCUCACCGAAAACGAAGGCUACUCUUUCAGCGGAUUCUCGAUCAACGAACAAAUGUUGGGGGGAGUUAUGAAAAUACAAUUGAAAAUCUGAAAAUAAGUGCAAAUCCCAAGCUAAAUAUAAAUAAUUUAAAACAUAUAAUUAACCAAAAUAUAAUUACUCAGCAUAACCAUAACAAUAAUAAAUUAUAUAUUAAGAAUACAACAUCGAAUGGAGAUUAUUGGAAGGAAGAAAUAUUUGAUGCGUUGCACAAAAUUAUGGCAAACAUAUCUGUUGCAAGUAAUCGUAGUAGAAGAGAUUCUCGAUAUCAUCACCAGCAUAAUAUGCAUUUGCCAUCGUCGUCCAACCCUCCAUCAUUUUUAUUGAAUAACACCAACAUUAACCAAAAUUACCAUCGUAGUAAUCGUAAUGGACAUCGUCAAAGGCGUAGAAAAUAUUGUUCAGCGCGAGAUCCACGAACACUGGCCUUUGAGGCUCCAACAGUAUUUGAAGGAAAAAUAAAGUCAAUGACGCCUGAUCGUCAAGCCAAUUUCUCAGCGACAGUUGAGAUUCUUAAAGUGUACAAGCAACAGCUCAAUUUUGCUCUUCCACGUCAAGUGCGUCUUCAGUUUUCAUAUAAAAACACCAGUGAAUGUGACAUUUACCGUGAAGAGUUCCGUCACCGAGGUUUUGUACGUGAGGAAUUAGAACAGGGAAAGAUUUAUUUUUUAUUUGUAAAACAAAUAAGCUUAGGUAAUUUCACUAUGAUAGGGCAACCAAUUAAAAAAAUCAGCCGUACUGCAAAAGAUGUAGAGAUAGGAGUAAAUGAAAAAUAUGGUGAGUAA